UUCUUUGAAAACAAAAUACCCUCACCCCAAAAAGCUACAUGUUCAGGUUAUGGCUGAUUAGUGCAGACUUUUUGCAUAUCAUCUGCAUCUCUCUCUCUCAUCUCUCUCUCUCUCUAUCCCUGCAUCUAUUGCAACACAAGGAAAGACAUCAUAGUGGCGCCCAUGGCUUUUUCUUUAAAUUAGUUUUCGAUGAGAAAACUGAUGUUGAAUAGAGAGAUCUGAUGAACUAAACGAUGCCGAACCAGCUAUGGUUUGCACUGCAAAUGAUUUAUUGGGGUGGAAAGACUUUCCAAAGGGUCUUAGAGUCUUGCUCCUUGACGAAGACAUCGAUUCUGCAGCUGAAAUAAGAUCAAAACUUGAAGAAAUGGGUUAUUCUGUUUCUAUGUUCUUUAGUGAGAAUGAAGCAUUAUCGGCCAUUUCAGACAAUUCUAAUGGCUUCCAUGUAGCAAUAGUAGAGGUAAGAGCAGAGAAUGAAGAUCGAAGGUUUAAAUUUCUUGAAAGUGCUAAAGACUUGCCUACAAUCAUGAAUUCAGAUGUGAAUUGCCUCAGUACCAUGAUGAAGUGUAUAGCGCUUGGUGCUGUUGAGUUCCUUGAGAAACCACUGUCAGAAGAUAAACUUAGAAACAUAUGGCAACAUGUGGCUCACAAGGCGUUUGCAGGACUUAAAGAUCAAUCUGAACGAUUGCAAUCUGAGAAGGCUUUGGCUGCUUCUGUUCUAGAGGUUCAUAUGGAACAAAAAGAUAUAAAGGAAGAAUGUAAUAAAAAUCAAGAGCAUAAUGAGGAGGUAUCUGUCGAAAGUGAUAAGUAUCCGGCUCCUUCAACCCCACAAUUGAAGCAAGGAAUAAGAUUAGUUGAUAAUGGGGAUUGCCAAGAUCAAGAUCAGGAUCAAACUAACCGAUCACCUGAAAAAGAGUGCGUAGAUCAUGAUGGUGAAUCCAAAUUUGUCGAAACUACUUGUGAUAAUUUAGUUGUUGAAACUACUAUAGAGAUGAAUUCGGCUAAGAGUUUGGAGGAGGGUAUCGACAAGCCUGCAAAUGAUGAAUGUGGUUUAGAUUCUAAGAACGAUGGUAAGAAACGAAAUGAAGCAUCUGAGCAUCGUUCUAAUUCACGGGGGACUAAAUCUAGUCGAAGAAAGAUAAAGGUAGAUUGGACUUCUGAACUACACAAGAAAUUCGUACAAGCCGUAGAGCAACUUGGUGUCGAUCAAGCCAUACCUUCUCGUAUACUAGAACUUAUGAAUGUGGAGGGUUUGACUCGGCAUAAUGUAGCAAGUCAUCUCCAGCAGAAAUACAGAUUACAACGUCGGCACAUUUUGCCAAAGGAAAGCGGGCGAAAAUGGCCUCAAACUAGACAUUCAACGCCAAGAAGCUACUAUCCACAAAAACCGAUUGUGGCCUACCCUCCAUAUCAUUCUAACCAUGCCCUUUCUGGCAGCCAAGUCUAUCCUGCUUGGCCACCUCCACACAGUUACCCUCCUCCACCUCAGAUGUGGGGCUCACCGUAUUAUCCAGCAUGGCAAUCUUCGGAAAGUUGGAUGUGGAAUCCUUAUUCGGGGGUACAAGCGGAUGCGUGGGGCUGCCCAACCGUACCACCACAACCAACUUUUCCUCAAAAUGUUUCACAGUUUCAGGGUAGGGAUUCAAUGCAGAGUAGUCAAAGCAUCCCAAAGCCUUCAAGCGACCAUUUUCCUGGCGAUGAAGUGAUUGAUAAGGUUGUGAAGGAAGCAAUAAAUAAGCCAUGGCUACCUUUGCCUUUGGGCCUUAAACCUCCUUCAACUGAGAGUGUCAUUUAUGAGCUGUCCAAACAAGGGAUCUCCACCGUUCCUCCUCGAAUCAACGGCUCUCGUCAACGCUGACAUGUCUGCCACCUCAUCCAACACCAAUUGAUGUGAUGAUCAAUAAAUUUCCUUGCAUUGCCAAUUCACAAGAGUUCAAUGUGGUUGUAAAUAGGUCCUAACUGAGACAUUUUGUUUUGUGGGCCCACCACAUUCUGCAUGUGGGACCUACACAUUUUGCCUGUGGGCCCCAUCUGGGGUGGGUUUAAGAACUGGCCCUGUGCAAUAAAAGCAUUGUACAUCUCUGAAGAGAUUGUCAAAAUGGUCCAAAUUUUCCUCUUUGUGAUGCAGUUCAGAAACUGAAUUUUUUUGUUUUCCA